AUGGGGAAUAAUUGCGUAGGUCCCAAUCUGGGAAAACAUGGCUUCUUGCAGUCUGUCACCGCUGCAGUCUGGAAAACCCGGGAGCCGGAAAUGCUACCGGCACCCAAUCAGCAGCAAGAAGGAAAUAGUAGUAACGAGAAGAAUUUAGAGGGUAAAGGUUCUGGUUCUACCACCGCGCCUACACAGCCAAUAAUUGCCGGUGAGCAGGCCAAACCAGAUCCCCAAAAGGAGGCGGGGCAAGGUAACAAGCCAAAUCACUUUAAGAGAUUAUCAAGUGUAGGCCUACAAGUUGAAUCAGUUUUGCAGCGAAAAACAGGGAAUUUGAAGGAGAUAUAUUCACUGGGAAGGAAGUUAGGACAAGGGCAAUUUGGGACAACAUUCUUAUGUGUGGAGAAAGAAACUGGAAAAGAAUUUGCGUGCAAAUCAAUUGCUAAGAGGAAAUUGGUUAGUGAGGAGGAUGUCGAGGAUGUAAGAAGAGAGAUUCAGAUAAUGCACCACUUAGCAGGGCACCCGAAUGUGAUAUCCAUUGUGGGAGCUUACGAAGAUGCAGUUGCAGUUCAUGUCAUAAUGGAACUCUGUGCGGGUGGGGAGCUUUUUGAUAGGAUCAUACAGAGGGGACAUUACACGGAAAGGAAGGCGGCGGAGCUUGCUCGGAUAAUAGUCGGUGUUGUAGAGGCAUGUCAUUCCUUAGGGGUUAUGCAUAGAGACUUGAAACCAGAGAAUUUCCUUUUUGUUAACGAGCAAGAGGAGUCACCACUUAAAACCAUUGACUUUGGCCUCUCAAUGUUCUUCAAGCCAGGUGAAACAUUCAGUGACGUGGUUGGAAGCCCUUAUUAUGUAGCUCCAGAGGUGUUAAAAAAGCACUAUGGUCAAGAAUGUGAUGUUUGGAGUGCUGGAGUCAUUAUAUACAUUUUGCUAAGUGGAGUGCCUCCUUUUUGGGAUGAAACGGAACAAGGAAUAUUUGAACAGGUUUUGAAAGGAGAACUUGACUUUGUAUCAGAGCCUUGGCCUAAUAUAUCCGAUAAUGCGAAAGAUCUUGUCAGAAGAAUGCUUGUUCGAGAUCCUAAAAUGCGGUUGACUGCACAUCAAGUUCUUUGCCAUCCAUGGGUCCAAGUCGAUGGUGUUGCUCCAGAUAAGCCUCUUGAUUCUGCUGUGCUAACUCGUCUGAAGCAGUUUUCUGCCAUGAAUAGACUCAAAAAGAUAGCUGUUAGAGUUAUUGCUGAAUGUCUUUCCGAGGAGGAAAUUGCAGGACUUAAAGAAAUGUUUAAAAUGAUAGACGUGGAUAAUAGUGGACAAAUCAGCUUGGAAGAACUGAAAAUUGGCCUGGAAAGAGUGGGAUCCAAUCUCAAGGAUUCAGAAAUAACCAGUCUGAUGCAAGCUGCCGAUGUUGAUAACAAUGGAACCAUAGAUUACAAAGAGUUUGUAGCAGCAAUGCUCCAUCUAAACAAAGUUCAGAAAGAGGAUCACAUGUUCGCCGCUUUUUCAUAUUUCGACCAAGAUGGGAGUGGAUACAUCACCCAUGAUGAGCUUCAACAAGCUUGCGAGAAAUUUGGUAUCGGAGAUGUUCAACUAGAAGAAAUCAUCCGUGAAGUCGAUCAAGAUAAUGAUGGUCGAAUUGAUUACAGUGAAUUCGUGGCCAUGAUGCAAGAUACUGGUUUUGGAAUAAAGGGAUUGCAAAAAAUAUGA